CGCUUAGAGCUAAGCCGCUCAAGGUCGUGGAGGCAGUUUUGACCUGAUCUUUUCGAUCGUGUCGUGACAUCCUCCUAUUUUAGGUAAUCAGUUUGUCUUUUGCUCGUGUCGUCGCUAAUUUGUGUCGAUCAUCCUCGUAACUUCAAGUCGGUGGACCUCCAGGACAAACACACUCUACAGAGGCCAGAAGUUGUGCCGUCUUAUUUGUUUAACCUUAAUGAGUCUCCUCGAUAGUUGGGAUUCACCUAAAUACGUUUUAGCACCUAUGGUUGAUGGCAGCGAACUUGCCUGGAGGAUGCUCGGUCGUAAAUAUGGAGUUCAACUAACUUUCACACCCAUGAUUAACUCGACUGCAUUUCUCGUUAACAUGAAAUACCGCCGAAGUUGCUUGCAGUUCGCCUCAGAAGACCGACCACUUAUUGUUCAAUUUUGUGCUAAUUCUGCAGAUACAUUUGUUAGGUGUGCUAAAUUAGUGCAGCCCUUUUGCGACGCAGUCGACCUGAAUCUCGGUUGCCCUCAAGGAAUUGCUAAAAGAGGGCAUUAUGGUGCGUUUUUACAAGAUGAGUGGAAUUCUCUCAAGGAGAUAGUUAGCCGCGCUUCGUUGGAACUUAAUGUUCCCGUCACCUGCAAAAUUCGAAUCUUUAGUAACGUUGAGCGAACUGUUCAGUAUGCAAAACUUCUCGAAGCUGCGGGGGCUUCUAUGCUUACAGUUCACGGACGCACCAGAGAAAUGAAGGGUCAAAAAACUGGACUUGCUGACUGGAAUCAAAUUAGGGCAGUAAAAGAAGCAGUAAAAAUACCUGUUAUUGCCAACGGAAAUAUUCAGUAUUUGUCAGAUGUUCAUCUGUGUUUGGACUCAACAAAAGCCGACGCAGUUAUGAGUGCAGAGGGUCAUCUUCACAACCCGGCCUUAUUCCUAGGAAUUCAACCAUGUAUCUACGACAUGUGUUUUGAAUAUUUGGACAUUGUGGAAAAGUACCCAACAUCCAUGCAAAUCAUCAGAGGACAUAUCUUUAAACUAUGUCAUCAUGCAUUGGACGAACACUCUGAAUAUCGUUCACUAAUUGGGUCUUCUCAAUCAACUAAGGGAAUAAAAGAAAUAUUACAAAAAAUGGCAAAUCACUGUUCAGUGAGUAAAUCGUUUUUGGAAAUUAGUAGUAAUUUAUCCAAACUCACAUAUCCCUAAUGCAAUGGACUGUUAACCAUACAUUAAGUAAGACCACAACCGAAGCAAACAAUUUCAAUCGUGGAUGGCGAACACAUCAAAAGUAAAAGUGAAGUUUAGUCUUGUGUGGGAAACAGUUCAACCGAAUUACCCCAUCCUCACUGGUUAUGUCAACCUUAUGAGCGACCAAUUACAUUUCCAGAACAAACGAAAGUUGAAAUCUCGAUGCAAGCAAUUGAUGGAUCGGAUUUUCACAGGGUUGAUAGCGAUGUAUCUGCUAAGAAAAUUAUGUUGAUGGAGCAAAGACGUAGUCGAAAAGCUUCAAAGAAAGAGAUUAAACUUGCUAAGAAGUUAGCAAUCAUUGAAGGAAAGCUCAUAUGUUUUAUUUGCAACAAGAAUCGGAAAAGUUUAAACUGCGCUAGAUCAGUUUGCCGCACAUGUUGUCAAAGUCAAAGUGAAUCAAGUUUGAAUUCAUUAACGAAUACUUUUUGUUCAUUCCAUCAACGUCAAAUAAAUAAUACUAUAUUAGAUUAGUAAAUUUUUCUUUUCACAAAUGACAUUGUUUUGAAACGUUAACGAUGGUCAUAGCAAUUGUGUGCAUGUUCUCGAUAUUCCUGUUCCAUCCACUAAUGUGAAUGAAUGUCAGAAAUAUGUAGACUUACUGAAUAAAUUCCAAGUUGAAUGUUAUGGAUAAGUCGGGUAUCUCGACUCCGCAUGUUGUGUCUUUCCAAUGCUUAUCCAAUAUCAUACUUCCUUAUUUCUAUAGAAAUUAACAUUGGCCCAUAUUUUGUUGUUUAAUUUUUCGCAACACAUUUCAAGUUUGGUUUUUGCGUUACAAUAAUACUCUGUCUAAUAAAAUUUAUGUAGUUAUUCACUC